AUGCCUGCCACACUCGUCCGCCCUUCCCCCCUCCACCUCUGCGCCCACGAGGCCGAGGAGGACUCCAAGUCAUGGUCCCCCUCGAGCUCGGACAGCGAGGCCGAGGAUGAGUGCAACUCUGCCAACAGCGACAACAGCGACGAGAUGCCCUCGUCGGCUCCCGUCCAGCGUCUCAUUCGCACCGGCCCCGCGCUCCAGACCCGUCCGCGUCUGCCGUCGCCUCCUCGCACAUCGCCUCUUUCUCCUCUUGCUUGUGGCUCGUCCUCGACCGAGUCGGCAGCGGCCUUCCCUUUCCCCGCGGCUGGGCGUCCCCGUCCUCGCGGCCUGUCGCCACUGUCUCCCGUCGCCGCCACCGGUGGCCUCCAGCGCGGUGCCAUGCCCAAGGCCACCCCGCUCGCGCGCACCUUGUUGAACCGUUCGCUCUCUGGCGGCGCGUCGUCGGCCGCUCCCAAGAAGCCGACCAAGAUGAUCGUCCCCACCAAGCCCUUCCGCACCACCUUUGACCUCGGCCUCACCUCCAAGGAGCUCGCUCGCAGGCCCUAG